AUGUCGUCUCCUCCUGGAACUCCGAAGCAGAGAAAGGGACUGCGACUUGGAAAACUACUAAAGGCUCCGUUUGUCAGAUCGCGGUCACGUUCGCCUUCACAGUCUCGCCCGCCAUCUACGUCAAAUGAGGGAACUGGGUUGGCUGGUCCUAGCAAUGUAUACACAGGGGCAUCCCAGGCUGGAGUUGACGAGGCUGCGCGCGCCAAUGUGCCACCGAGCGCCAAUACACCUGAAGGUCCUUUCGUAGCAUUGACAACGCCAAUAAUCGCAGAACCUACCGAGUCUGGUACGCGAGUGAUGCAACCAACAGCCAUUAACCCUACCCCGUCACCACAACCCACCAACAAUACAACAGACACAGCCUCGCCUAUCAAAACUGCCAUGAAUUCGGGACCGAAGGAUCGGAGUACAGUCUGGGAUGGGCUUCGGGGAGCAUUACGCGCACUUAAGGAUACAUCGAGCAUUUUCCCUCCACUUUUUUCCGCUGUCGAAUCUCUGAUCGAAUGCAUCGAUGAGUUGGAGACAACUGCACAAAACCGUGGUGACCUUGAGGAGAUUGCUAUGGAGCUGACCGCGCUGGGCAACAGUCUCAAUGAUGGAUUGAAUGGACCUUCACCCGCCAUCACGUCCGAUUCGGUAGCAAGUCUGGCUAUUUCGAUCAAAACGCAGAUAACAGAAGUCAGGGGCAGAUUAGACCGUACGAACAGAGGAGGGAUAAGGGAUGCACGGGCGGAAGAGGAAGAGCUUGUGAGACAUUACCGGCGGAUUGAAGCUUACUUUCGUCAAAUUCAGACGAAUAUAACCAUGAGCACCUGGAGUAUUGCCAAUGAGCAUCUAGUGAACACAAGGCUAGAAGGCCUGAACCCGGUGAAACAGGCUACCUACGACUCAAAUUUAUCGACAGAGAUUAACCGGCGAUCUUGCACCGAAGGCACACGGGUAGGGGUACUCGACGACCUCGAUAAUUGGGUAUACAAUCCCACGAGCCGGUCUGUAUACUGGAUGAAUGGCAUGGCAGGAACAGGAAAGACGACUAUUGCAUCCACCUUCUGCGAUCGAGUCGAAAAACGUAAGCUCCUGGCGGCAAGCUUUUUCUGCACCCGUAGCUCUUCCGAGUGCAGGAACGUGUCGCGAAUCAUACCAACGAUAGCAUAUCAACUUGCUCGAUACUCCAUCCCGUACCGAUCGGCGUUGUACAAGAUACUGGGUCAAAAUCCAGACAUUGGUUCGAAGAAUGUGCUAAAACAGUUUGAACACCUACUAAAGGAGCCGUUACAACAAGUGAAGGGCGCUAUGCCUGAGCACCUUGUAGUUGUGGUCGAUGCCCUGGACGAGUGCGAUGAUCAUAGUGCGGCUGUAGUCGUUCUGGAUAUGCUAUUUCGCCAUGCAACUGACGUUCCACUCAAGUUCCUCAUCACAAGCCGACCGGAGCCAGAGAUAUACAGCAAGAUGUCCCUAAAUGCACAGUUGCGAGAGGUCAUUCACCUCCACGAGAUCGAAAAGUCACUGGUACAAGAAGAUAUUGCGUUAUACCUAAAGACGGAGCUCAAGUCCAUGUCUCUCAGUUCGACUGACAUCGAGCAGCUCGUAGUUCGGUCCGGAACCUUGUUUAUAUAUGCAGCCACUCUAGUGCGAUACAUCCUUCCCGGAAAACAAACUACCAACCCACAAAAGCGGCUGCGGUCCGUGCUGAGCAUGACACCUGAAUCAACAAAGAAGCACGCACAAAUCGAUGCACUGUAUACGGCGGUUUUACAAUCUGCCCUGAGCGAGGACGAGCUAGAGGCGGACGAAGCAGAAGACAUUCGGGUAGUGCUGCGCACCGUUCUAUUCGCGCAAGAGCCGAUCAGCGUGGGGACAAUUGCAGAAUUGGCGAAUAUCGAUGACCCGCAACGUGUAGUAUAUGCGCUACAUCCGCUGCGCUCUGUGCUUCACCAAUCGGAGCAGACGGGCCUAGUAUCCACACUCCACGCAUCGUUCCUCGAUUUCAUGUUUAGCAAUCAACGGUCAGGCGCAUACUUUUGCGAUGUCGUCGAACACAGCCAGCUUCUAGCGCGACGAUGUUUCUCAGUGAUGAAGGAGCAACUGAGGUUUAACAUAUGCGACCUUGAAUCGUCGUUUGUGUCCGAUACCCAAGUUCAUAACAUGUCUGCUCGAGUUCAGAAAAAUAUUCCAUCUACUCUGGCCUAUGCAUGUCGCUAUUGGGCAAGCCACCUCAACUUGGCACCAAAAUCAGAUGUUCUGUUCGCUACACUCGAAGAUUUUCUAUCUCAUCGACUGUUAUUCUGGAUGGAGGUACUCAAUCUACGACGAGAAACCGCUCUGGGCAUCGAAGGAUUGCUAAAAGGGCAGCAGUGGCUAAUUCAUGUGAAAUGCACUCUAUCCGAGCUUUUAUUGCUUGUUGAGGACGCACGUAACCUUCUAUCCAGCUUUUCAGCCAGCCCUGCUUCCAAAUCUACUCCCCACAUCUAUAUAUCGUCACUAUCUUUUUGUCCCCGCUCCAGCUCUAUAUAUAAGCACUACUGGAAACGUACACAAAACCUCGUUGAGCUAAAGGGAAGCUUGAUGGAGCGUAGGGAGGUUGCACCUCUCGCCACGUGGAAUGUCGGUUCAUCCGCCUUUUCAGCAGCAUACUCGCCUGAUGGCGCUCAGAUCGUAGUGGGAUGUGGCGACGGAAGCGUCAGGAUACUCGGCUCAUAUGGCGAUUCGGUUCUCAGUGGCCCACUGGAAGGUCAUACCCAGGCCAUCUUCUCAGUUGCGUUCUCGCACGAUGGUAGUGCUGUCGCCUCCGCGUCCUAUGACCAUACGAUACGAAUUUGGAACGCAUACAAUGGCGCCCUUAUCGCUGGUCCACUUCAAGGACACACAGAUAAGGUAUUUUCUGUCGAUUUCUCACCUGAUGAUACUCGUUUGGUCACUUGCUCAUAUGACCGUACUAUUCGAAUCUGGGACACGCGAACAGGUGCGCCCGUGAGAGGCCCAUUGGAGGGACAUACUGAACCAGUCUGCUGUGUGAGAUUCUCGCCCAACGGAUCAUUCAUUGCCUCCUGCUCCAGAGACGGAACGGUUCGUCUGUGGAACGUUCAUGACGGCACUGCCACUACACCUCCGCUUGUAGGCCACACCGACUGGGUCUUGUGCGUCUCUUUCGUCCCCGAUGGUUCUAAACUUGUAAGCGCUGGCCAGGUCGAUACCAUUCGUGUCUGGCAAAUUCCCGACGGGUCACAUACCGGGACCUCAUUUGAAGCGGUGCCAGAAUUUGUCUAUUCAGUAGCAACCUCACCCGAUGGAACACAAAUUGCAGCUGCAUCUAGCGAUGGCACUGUGCGAGUCUGGAAUAUCAACCAUGGCAACCUCAUUGCCGGGCCUUUCCGCGGCCAUACCGAUUGGGUUCGGUCUGUCGCCUAUUCACCAGACGGAACUCGGCUUGUCUCUACCUCUCACGAUAACACUGUCCGAGUGUGGAAUGUUCGUAAUGGUCUGCUCGCUCCUGCAUCUUCCGUACCACCCGAUGCCUUGACUGAUAUCAAGUCGCUUUCAUUUGCUCUCGACAACUCCCGUAUUAUCUCCAUUUAUGCCGAUAAAUCUAUUAGGAUUUGGGACUUGGGGUGCAUAUAUGCAUCUUCGGCGGUGGCCUCGGACCAGGCACAAUUCCCAGAUUUGCCAAUCUCGAACAACUCGCCUAGUGAACUGUAUACAGCUGGGGCUUCGGAGACCGGCAAAGUGCAGAUCCUGAGUACGGCUGACGGGUCAGUCGUUUCUGGCCCGUUCGGAGUCAACUAUGAUUCUCUCUUUUCGCUUUCGUUCUCAUCCGACAACGCCAUCGUCGUUAUGGGUUGCAAAAACGGCCUUAUCCACGCCUGGGACUUGGGGACUGGAGAACCCGUAGCUGGCCCAUUCGUGGGGCAUACUUGGCCGGUCACAGCACUGGCCCAAUCUCAUGAUGGCUCGAUGCUCGCCUCGUAUUCCGAGAUAGACAAGGCUAUCCGAAUAUGGAACAUGCCAAUCGCGACAUCCGAUCCACAAUCUCAGCCUAGGUUCUCACUUGGCUUCAUGUCAAGCCCCGGGGACGUCGCUGCUCACGAUGAAUGGACUAUCGCGGCUGAUGGUUGGAUGGUGGACAAUGAUGGUCGUCUACUGAUCUGGCUUCCAUCCGACGUCGCUGCUCAAUGGAAGUCUCCGUAUGCUUCUCUCGUUAUUACUAGAUUCGCACAGAAUAUGUCGUCGGCAAACAACAAGUCCAAGUCGACACGGAAGAGAAUCGGAGGCUGGUUUCGCAAGCGAUUGGGUGAAUCUUCGUCCCGACCGCUGUCCACGUCGUCUCCAGGACUACUAUCCGCGUCACAUGCAUCGCUGACUUCAGGUCCGACUGACGACGGCCAGAGCAGCACUCCCGACAGACAAAACAUCAUCGCAUCGACGGAUAGGCUUUCCCACGCUCCACCAUCCAACUCUCUCCCAGCACCAUCUGUUCUUAAUGCCGUGGCUGUACCUCACAAGUCUCCAUCCUCCCAAAUAUCUACCCUAAUCCCCGAAUUAGCCAUCGAGCAAUCUCAUGGACAUGACGAGCUGCCUCUAACUAGGACCACCACUGAGCCCGUGGGAGAUAACAAAGCAUGGACCAGUCUACUUGCAUCGCUAAAGAAGCUAAAGGGCAUGGCGAGACUGAUUCCAUCGGUCGCAGAUGCCGCUGGAGUGCUUCUGGAUUGCUUCGACACGAUUGAGGCAGCUGCCAAGAGCCAGCAAGACUAUGAAGACCUGGCGACAGAGCUUGUGGUGCUGAGUGAUAUCCUGGCCCAGCAGAUAGAGGGCAUAGGGUCGGAAGCAGUGUCGAAGUGUGUGUCUGGUGUCGCUCACGCGAUUGAAAGGCAGGCACAAGAAAUCAAGAAAAAGAGGGGGAGAGGAAAGGAGAGACGACUACAGCAGGCGAGUUCGGACGAGGAAGAUGUGAUGCGACACUAUCGGCGAAUCGAGUCGCUGUUUCGGCAGCUGCAGGCAAACCUGAGCAUGAAUACAUGGAGUGUCGCAAACGAUCUGAUGGUGAACACACGACUGGAAGGUCUGGGACCGGAGAAGCAGGCGGCAUACGACUCGGCACUCUCGGAAACCGUCGGCAGGCGCACAUGUACCGAAGGCACGCGCACAAAAGUCCUAUCUGACCUAGUGGAAUGGGCACACGACAAGAACGCACCUGCGAUAUACUGGAUGAACGGCAUGGCAGGCACGGGCAAGACGACGAUCGCGUACUCAUUCGCUGAAUGGCUGAAGCAACACGAGCUACUGGCGGGGAGCUUCUUCUGCACUCGGACGUCAGCUGCGUGUCGGGACGUGGCGAAGAUCGUACCGACGGUAGUAUACCAGCUGGCGCGGUACUCGGCGACAUUCCAAUCGAUACUAUACGAUAUCCUGAGCGCGGAACCUGAUGCAGCAACGAAAAACAUAACGAACCAGUUCGAGUCGCUACUGAAAGAGGCACUGGAAAAAACAAGGGGAAAGGGCAAGGGCGAUGCAUUCGACAACCUGGUUAUAGUCAUCGAUGCGCUGGAUGAGUGUGAAGACCCCAGAGGCGUAGAAACCAUACUUGACAGACUGUUCCAGUACGCACCUCACCUAGGGCUCAAGUUCUUCGUUACCAGUCGGCCGGAGCCUGGGAUAUACGCCAAAAUGGCGGUCAACGUUGGGUGCCGGGGCGGGAUGGUACUACACGACAUCGAGACGUCGCUUGUGAGCAAAGAUAUCGAGCUGUACCUCGAACAAGAGCUGGCGUCCAUUCCACUUCGUGUUCCCGAGUCGGAUCUCAAGCAACUUGUAGAUCGAUCGGGCGCGUUGUUCAUCUAUGCGGCCACACUCGUUCGAUACAUCCGUACCGCAAAACGCAGCGUCAAUCCAUACGACCGCCUACAAUCGAUCCUUGCCUCAUCUUCAGGAUCCAGUCGGGAACAUGCACAGAUUGAUAAACUAUAUCUAGCCGUAUUGGAGUCGGCAUUGGAGGACGAAGAGCUAGAGCAUUCGGAAAGGGAGGCCAUCCUAGCGGUGUUGCAUACUGUGCUUAUGACUCAAGAGCCAAUUCGCGUCGAGACCAUAGCGCUAUUAGCCGGGAUCGAUGGGCCAGAGCGGGUAGAGUACGCGCUUGCCCCACUCCGGUCGGUGCUGCAUCAGUCCGAGUCGACGGGCCUUGUGUCCACUCUGCAUGCAUCGUUCCCAGACUUCAUGUUCAGCCAUACACGAUCGGGGUCAUACUUCUGCGACGUCGACAAACAUAGCCCCGGAAUGGCCCAUCGAUGCUUCACAGUGAUGAAGGACCAGCUGCGGUUCAACAUAUGCGACCUGCCUUCCUCGUUCAUACCGGACGAAAACGUCGAUAACUUACAAGACCGGAUCAAACACCGGAUCUCGGCGUCACUGGCAUAUGUGUGCCGGUACUGGGCCAGUCAUGUCAGCCUUGCACCUGCGAACGACGAUCUACGCGAGGACAUGAGUGUGUUCCUAUCGGAGCGACUACUGUUCUGGAUGGAGGUCAUGAGCUUGCGACGUGAGCUGUUGGCAGGGAUCGAAGGAUUUCUGGCGCUGAAGCAGUGGCUGAGGGUGAGUGGGUCAACGCUUUCCGAUACAGUGACUGAUGUAGCAGUACAUAAGAAAACCAACUCUCAAAAACCCGAGGUGGCGAUAUUGAUCGAGGACGCCAGCAACUUCUACACCAGCUAUGCCUCCAGCCCAGCGUGUCAUUGCACACCGCACAUCUACAUCUCAUGCCUUCCAUUCUGUCCUCGGUCGAGCACAGUGUACAAGCACUACUGGCCUCGGAUGCAAGGGCUGGUGGAGCUGAAGGGCAGUCUGAUGGACCGCAGAGAGACAGCCGCACUGGCCACCUGGAACAUUCACUCGCCAGUAUGGUCGGUGGCGUACUCAGGGGAUGGCAGUCGAGUUGCAGUCGGAUGCCUGGACGGAACAGUGAGCAUACGGAACGCAUACGAUGGCACAUUGCUUGUUGGACCCUGGAAUGCUCACACUGAUGUUGUUCGUUCGGUUGUGUUCUCGCCUGAUGGCAGACUUGUUGCCUCGGGGUCAGAUGAUCGCACCAUCGGAGUGUGGGACGUGCGCACCGGCAGUCCUGUUGCCGGCCCAUUCCGCGGACACACCAGCUGGGUCUACUCGGUUUCGUUCUCACCCGACAGCAAGCGCAUAGUCUCUGGCUCCGACGACAACACCGUUUGUAUAUGGGACACGGCCAAUGGCACACUGCUUGUGCGCCCAUUGCGCAGUCAUACUGACUCAGUCCGCUUCGUGACGUUCUCGCCCGACGGCACACUCAUUGCCUCUGCCUCCAAGGACAAGACUAUCCGACUGUGGCGCUCGGACGACGGCACUCCUGCUACUUCCCCACUUCAAGGUCACACCCACUCUGUCAACUCUGUUACGUUCACGCCCGAUGGCACUUGGCUUGUCAGCGGGUCAGACGACGGGACCGUUCGUGUGCGGAGGGUGUCGGAUGGGUCGGCCGUCGCCACUCCAUUUCAGGGUCAUUCAGGUGGCGUCUACUCGGUGGCAGUGUCACCUGAUGGCAUGCUUGUUGCAUCUGGGUCUGACGAUUGUACUGUGCGAGUGUGGAGGAUGAGCGAUGGGUCACUUGCUGCCAGUCCAUUUGUUGGCCAUACUGGUUGGAUUGGGUCAGUUGGGUACUCACCGGAUGGGACGCAAGUCAUCUCUGGCUCUGGUGAUCAGACCGUUCGUGUUUGGAAUGUGCGCGAAGGCAUGAUGUCCCCUGCCUCCUCAGAAGUUACUCUAUCCCAUAUCACAUCCCUCUCUUUCUUGCCUGAUAGCGCUCAUGUGUUGACAGUGUCAGAUGAGGACGAGAUGCGCAUGUGGGAUGUCUCGAGUGGCAUAUCCCAGCCAGCGCCACCCGACAUCCAGGUUCCCCAUCCUCCAUCUCAUGCAGCAUCUCCCGAUAGGUCCUACACUGCUGAAACUAAUACGCAUGGAAAGCUAGUACAGGUUGUGCGGACGGACAACAAGUCUGUGGCUGCUGGGCCGUUUGAUCCCACCCCUCGAGUAUCGCAAUUCUCUCACGACAGUACCUGCGUCAUCGUGGGCUUUUGGGAUGGCAGGAUUGAGAGGAUAUGUCUGCGGACUGGGCAGACUGCGUUCCAGUUGCGCCCCGGUGACAACGACUGCGUUAACCUGAUUGCAGAGUGCCCGGAUGGUUCACUUCUUGCCUCCAUUGAAGACACCUCGUACGACAGUCCCAUCCUACGAAUCUGGAGCAUGGCUGGACCGACACUCUGUUUUCGAACCUCAGACGAUCCCCCUCUCAAUCCAGAGCCAGGUCAGACACUCUCUGGACCUUACGACCAAUGCCAUAUCGACAGCGAUGGGUGGAUGGUCAACAGCAACAACGACCUGCUUAUUUGGCUUCCGUCAGAGAUAGCUGCUGCAGGACUGUCUCCGUUCGUGUCGGUGAUCGUAACAAAAACAGGAACACUGCAAGUACCGAAGCAGAUGCUGGUAGCCGGACAUCAGUGGCAUAAGUGUCAUGUGUUGGGCUGA